CAAACAAACCAUAAGAUCGCAGAGGCAGACGUUACAUGCGGCCAGUGUCGCCUGAUCAUUCAGACGACCCACCGGUGACCCUUACACUCCUCAGAUCAGACGACCGGCAGUUCUUAAAUGAUUACGUGCCAUCUUUUCCAUUAAAAUGGGUAAACUGGCUCUGUGAGAGGAGGCACCAUCACUCCCUCUCCCCCACACACUAAUCAGCUCCCACAAAAGACGCAUCCAUUGUAUGAACUUCAGGUGUUGUGGCUAUGACAGUAACCUGGCACUAAAGACGUAGGGGGACGGGCACUUGCGCGCAGACACACACACACGCACUGUCAGAUCGAGAGUUACAGUAAACGCGGGGAGUGACACUAUGGCGUCUGCUCGGCGUGAGGAAGAGAUGAGGCACACGGACCUACUCAGGAUGCACAGUGCUACGGCCCACGACUGGGAGGGUGAGAAACGUAACAAAAAAGAUUUCUACGACGAUGGCACCAUGUCUUUUUUUUGGCGUGCGCACACCAUCACUGCUUUGGUCAUCUUCAGUGGUUUCCUGGUGUACGUGGCAGUAGUGGAAGAAGGAGUGACUGACAGAGACUACAAUGCUAAAAGAGGUCUAAUGGCAGUCAUUUUAGCAUUCUUGUUGUUUGGGGUUAUCCACACACCUGACGGCGUUUUUAUUCGCCCACAUCCUGCUUUGUGGCGUCUGGUUCUCUGCUUGAGUAUUGUUUAUGAACUAGCCUUGGUCUUUCUUCUGUUUCAGACGGUAGAUGAUGCUCGGCAGUUGAUGAAACAUUUUGAUGACAAGCUGGGUAAGCCUUUGCCGGAAAAAGACUAUGGUGGAAACUGCUUUAUCUAUGAUUCCAACCACACCAACCCAUGGCAUAAUUUGGAGGAUAAAGUGGAUGAAUUUGUGCCAACGCAUUUUUUUGGAUGGUGGUUAAAGACACUUAUCCUCAGAGACUGGUGGCUGUGCACUAUUCUCAGCAUUAUGUUUGAGGUGCUGGAGUACACACUGGAGCAUCAGCUACCAAACUUCAGUGAAUGCUGGUGGGACCAUUGGAUCAUGGAUGCCAUUGUAUGUAAUGGUUUGGGUAUUUACCUGGGUAUGAAGACCUUGAACUAUCUUUCCAUGAAGCCAUAUCACUGGCGAGGGAUGUGGAACAUUCCAACAUAUGGAGGCAAACUGAAGCGAUUGGCAGCCCAGUUCACUCCCUACAGUUGGACAGACUUUGAUUGGAAACCCACCUCCAGUCUCAAGCGCUGGAUGGCCAUGCUGGCAGUCAUAGCGAUUUUUCUGCUGGCAGAACUAAACACAUUCUAUCUGAAAUUUGUGCUGUGGAUUCCACCUAAACAUUACCUGUGUGUCAGUCGCCUGGUCUUCUUCUUUAUGGGAGCUGCAGCUAUGCGGGAAACAUUCCAGUAUCUGGAUGACCCCAACUGCAAAAAGGUUGGUCGUCAGUCAUGGCUGAUUGCAGCUAUCAUCAUCACGGAGUUCCUCAUUGUGCUUAAAUUUGAUUGGGAAACUGUCACCAAGCCCAUCCCUCAGCCAGUAGCUAGUGUUUGGGGUGUGGGGCUCCUCUGUUUGGUUGUCUGGACUAUCUUCAAAUUUUAUAUUUUGAGAGAUGUCAAGCAUGAUGUGCCUUCUCCUGUUGAGGGCAACAGCAGCAAACAUUUUAGUGAGGCCACCAAGUCCAGUAGUGUGUCAGGAAUGCAGCUUAGGUCACGCUCCUUCAAGAGCCACAUUUUAAACAACAACCACUGACACAUUCACAGGACAUCAUGUACAGAACGCUACUUCUGGAAGAGCCUGGAAUCAUUGAUGCUGCACUGAUAAGGUCUGCAGACUGUGACAAUAUUCUCUUCUUCAUGUUUUCAGCAUAUCAAGGCUGGACAGUUGUUUUUGUGCCAGAAAGAUCAUAAAAAUUAUUUAUACACAUAUACUCUGCUGCUUAGGGUGUAAACUACAUGGAGCACAAAACUGCUUUUUAACUCAGGAAUGUGUUGCAGGACAGCAGUUUCUUGACAUGGAAGGUAGUAACUCUUAUUUUGAUUACAGAGUAUAGGAUUUGGAACAUGCAAAGAACUUUUCUUUAACCUAAUAUAAGUGCAUAAUAUCUGCAAAGAUUUUUAAAUUAGAAAUGCAAAAACAACUUUUAUGUGAAUUUUAUUAUUGACAGUAAAUUAUUUGUUACUAUCAAGGCCAAAAAUGUGUACAUUCAUAUGUUUUUACAGAGCAUUAUUAGUUGCUUUUGUAAUCACUAUUUUUAGUAUUAAUUUUUUUCAGAUGAUUGUAUAUUUGCCAUAAGAUUUUUGUCUUAAAGCAGUAAUUUAUCAAAACAAAGAGAGCUUAUGUGCCCUGUACGUUGACCUGCCUUAAAUACAAUCAAAAAGCCAUAACCAUGAUUUUACCAUUGAGGAGUUGUGUACCUCAAUGAAUUAGCAUUUAGACAAGACAGACUUGUUGAUCCUGUUUCAUUUGAUGAAUAAAUGUAUGAUGGCAUGUAGAGUGUAAAGUUACACUGUUUACUUAAUGUCUGUAAAUGACUGCAAAAGACUUUAAUUGCAAGUAUUUUGAAAUAAAUCUUGAGAUUUUGACACUUUCUUUAAAUUCACAAAUGUGGGACAUCAUUCUGUCAGCUGACAAUAACAGACCUAAAAACCAGACAGUUUUCAGAAUGUCCUUCCUUUUUCAAAGAAGUCUAUUUUUUGGUGGUGGUUGGUGGGAGGGGCGAGGUGCAUACUUAAGGACAGUGGGAGAUAUUCAGAUUAAUCAAAAGGUAUAAAACUUAAGAAGAGCUUGCUUACAAUGAGAACAAGGAAAAUGUCCUUUUUGUGCAGCUGCCAUUUUCACUAGCUAUAAAGUUAUGAGAGUAGCAUGCAAGGAGAAAGUAUUGCUAGAGUGAGUCCCUAUACUGAUGUCAGACACUCUGUAUGAUAUGCUUUUCAAAAUAUUUUUGAAUGAAAUGUCUUUUGACUGUUUGUGGGUUCAGAUUCAGCUGAUAACCAAGAUAUGAGUAGCUUUUACUACAACUUAAAAAGCUUUAAUUAAAAUUUGGCCAAGUGCAGGUGAAUUCCACAUAUUCUGUGUAAAAUCAUAUAGGAUGUAAUGAAUUCCACAGUUGCUCAUUAUAACGUGGUGUCAUUUUAGCCUGUAGUAGAUAGUCAUAUGACAUAGGAGCUAUUUUUGGCUUUAUUUUUUACAAAUAAAACGCUUUGCAGCUGUACCCUUAGCUUCGUAUUUUUGCCAGCAUUUGACCAUUGAUCUUGGUGCUAUGGUACUAGAGUGAUUCAAACAGUAAUAAAAGAUCCAUACAGUGAAGACUUUUUCACAUUUGUCCAUGUUUACUAUCUUUGCGCAGCCAGUGCUCUAAAGCAAAUGUUUUUGUGGAAUUUACUGUGAACUAGAUAGUGUUUGCAAGGGAUCUUUGCCUUUAGCCUGUUUUCACUUCCACAAAAGUAUUCUGCUUAAUUGUCCCCUCAUACCACCCAUUUCUGUGUAAAAGGAGAAAUGAAAAGUUGACAUGAAGUCUAUCACAUAAUGAGCAGAGAUUGAAGACGCAUCCUUACCUUCUUGCUACUGGCAUGAUUGUAUAAAGUUCUGUUUUCAUCUCUGUUGCUAGCAGUAAGAAUUUCAAGAGCUCACACAUGCUGUGCCUUAGACAAUGAUGACAGUGGGGAUAUUUUUGGUAACCCUUGAAAACAUUGUGGUGGUGUAAUUUUCAAAUUAACAUGAGAGCUUUUUGCUGGUGAUACCCAGCAGAACAGUUUGCCUUGUCAGGUCAGGGUGUGUGGGCUUGCUGAUUACUGCAGAGGUUGUAGGGCUUCACUCUUUAUCCAAAGAUUUCUAUAGGAAACGAUGUCUGAAGAGUGAAGAGGUGGACAGUGUUUGCUUGAAUUGCUUCCCUUGAGCUGGCUGUCAAAUAAUGAUGACCUGUAUCCUUAUAUGGAAGCAUUGAGCUGGGAGAUGUUGGCUGUUGAGAAAUACAAAGUUAUAAGAUAAAACAAAAUUGUCACAAAUCAGGUCAGACUCCAGUGUUUAAAAAAACCCCCAACAUUUCACUAGAUUGUUAUGUAAACUUACUAAUUAAACAUUUGAACAGAGCAUAGCUUAUGAAAAUAUCUGCUGAUGUAUGGAUGUAAAAGCCCUUUUCCUUGUAGGUUCAGUACAUGUAAAAUAAAGGUAUGCGUUGUUUGCUUUUUUUUUUUUUUAAACCUGUCCCUUCUUUACAUGAACAUAAAACUUCCAAGUAUCUAGAAUGCUAGUGUUGAUAUUUUAGGAGAGAUUUAUUCAGCAGGUUUGACCAACAUUUAAAAAAUGAACAUCUUUAAAACAAAGGUUAAAAAAAACACCCAGGAUGGUACAGUCAAUAGUUUUCCCCAAAUCCUGUGAUGUUGUAAUGGAUCUGUGAUCCAGUAGAUUUUCCACUGAUUUUGUGGACUCUGGUGAUCUUGUAGUUUGUUCAGUCUUAUCCAGAGCCAUUGUUUUUAUAAGGAAUUCUGAAAGAUCAUGCUUGUAACAUGUUUAUAGCGUUGUGAACAAAUCAGUAAUCCCAGCCAGUUGUGAUAACUUUCUGGAGAGCACCAUGCAAGUAAAAAAAUGUACAAGUAUAUUAAGUUGACAUGGUUACCAUUUAAGCUUUCUGACUGCACUUAGUUAUGUGCUGCUGACUGUUUAUUGACAGAUCAGGGCGGAAAUUUGUCUGUCAUUUGACAUAUCUAUACAUAUGUAUUGAAAAAGUUUUUUUUCAUAUUUUUCUUUCUAUGGGAUUAGAGCAUAAAAGAAAAAAAAAGGUCUAAAAUAUUUGUGUUUAUAUUGUAGGGUAUUUUAUCCUACUUCUUUUCAUAUUAGGUGAAUUAUUUGUGUUUACAAUUCAUUGUGUUGAUGCAGUCAACUUUCAUUUCACUUUCGAUAGCUUUGUACUAGUCAAACCAUUUCUCCAGUCUUUCUGAAAAUUGGAACUUUGUAGAAAUCUAUCUGUAUGGUUAUUUUAAGAUAUCUUGUUGGCCUGUACUAAAUAUUUUUGAGUAAUUAUUUUGUAUACAUCAAAAAUAAAUUGCCUUUUAAUUUUUGCUUUUGGUCUUGUGACAAUGGGCAGAUAACUGGUAUUGGUAUGUUUGUUUUUUCUUUGCUUUCUGUUCCUCUCACUGCCAUGCCCCAAAAAACAAUAUUGCUGCUGUCCAGAGAAUAUGGUACAUUAAAUAAGUGCAGCAGAUGUCUGUUUGUUCUUUGGAUUCUUAGGAAGCUGUGUUUGCUUUUUUCACAGAAACAGCAUGAUGCAGCAAAUUUGAGGCAUUUUUGAAAUGAAGUCUGGCAGCUUUGCUGAAUGCAAGCACACACACACCACAUGCCACUGGUAGUUUAAUAUUUUUUCCUCUUCAUAAAUGUGAAAUCCUGCAGACUAUUUGUUGGGCUGAAAGUGGCAUGUCAGGCAUGUCUGGAUAGGAUGCAAGAUGUGCAUAGUUAACCUGUAGUGUAUUGGUAAUGGAUGGAGACUUGCUGUCAAUAGCAAUUUGAUGGUAUUGAAUGAUUCAGAUAGGUGUAUGCCAGGUAUCUGUGGAGAAAGACAAAUGAUUAAAGCAUCAAUGGUAGGGAAAGAUGUCAUUUUUCUUCACCCUCCUCUUUACCCCCAAGCAUCCUUGAUAUUGGGGAGUAUUCAGAAAAUCAAAAUAGGAUGCCAUGGAACAGUGUUACUGAUGUUGUGUAUGAAUGUAUGGUAAUUCAUAGACUUCAGUGUGUACUUCAUGCCUUGAAUGUACAGCCAAUAAAAUGAGUGAGGCAAGUC